AUGUCCCUGCAAUACUGCCUGUUUCAGGCCAUCAGCCUCUGUGGGAGACAGGGGGGGUGGGAGGACGCCAUAUUUCUGUUGCGGGACGCCCAGAGGUUAUCGUCUCCGGGGCAGUUGCGGGGUGUGGAUGUGGUGACGUAUAGCGCGGCGGUGGCGGCUUGCCGAGACGGAGGGCAGUGGCGACAGGCGCUAGCACUGAUGGAGGAAAUGCAGGCGGCGGGGAUCAAGCCAGAUCAGAUAGCGUACGGGACGGCGGUCAGCGCGUGCGCCAUGGCGGGCCAGUGGGAGAAAGCUGUCGACCUGCUCGCGGACAUGCGGAGAUCGAAACUACGCCCCGAUGUCGUUGCAUACAGCUCUGCUAUCAAAGCUUGCGGUGCCGAAGGCCGGUGGGAAGAGGCUCUCGGCCUGCUGAAGGAAAUGCAGGAAAGCGGGGUCCGGCCAAAUCUCAUCACCUAUACCGGAGCCAUGGAGGCGUGCGGGCGAGCGGGGCGGUGGAACAACGCUCUGCGGCUGCUCGCGGAGGUGCGAGAUCGGGGUCUGCGGCCGGACACGUUCACGCUCAAUGCCGUCAUGGACGCCCUCGGAAGGUGCAAGGACUCCGCGCGGUGUCGACGGGAAACGGGAGGGGUGUGGUACCGGUGUAGAAAGGGGGUGUAG